AUGGCGAGUCGCCGGCUAUGGGCAUGCCUCGCAUUUACCUCGCUGAUUGUCUCCGCCCAGGCUGGGGCUCUGGAUGAUUUCACCAAUAAUCUCUUUUCUGAUCUAGCGCCUGUCCUCGCGCUUUUUGGAGAACGCGCGACUAUGCAGUUCAUGAGUCAAUCACUGGGUUGGGCAGACUGUGUUGCGUUAGCUAUGGCUCCGUUAGGAAUUAUCACCAUCAUCGUGAGCGCAAUUCGCGUGGGCGGGCCGAUGCGGCUGAAGGCGAUCAUUGGCCGGGCGAAGGAGAACAUCUCAAUAGCCGAAAUGGAGCUGAUGUCGUCUACUUCCCGCGAGGUUUGCGAGUUAUACAAUGGCGAGAGUAUCGUCAGAUGUUAA